AUGAGUGUGGUGGAGCACGUACGAGAGAUGGCGUCCGCCGGGCUCCACUCUAACGUGCGGCUCCUCAGCGGGCUUCUCCUCACGAUGAGCGGCAAUAACCCGGAACUGUUUUCACCAUCUCAGAAAUACCAGCUUCUUGUAUAUCAUGCAGACUCUCUCUUCCAUGAUAAAGAAUAUAGAAAUGCUGUAAGUAAGUAUACAAUGGCCUUGCAGCAGAAAAAAGCUUUAAGUAAAACUUCAAAAGUAAGACCUUCUACUGGGAAUGCUGCAUCAACUCCCCAAAGCCAGUGUUUACCAUCUGAAAUUGAAGUGAAAUAUAAAAUGGCUGAAUGUUAUACAAUGCUGAAGCAAGAUAAAGAUGCCAUUGCUAUUCUUGAUGGGAUUCCUUCCAGACAGAGGACCCCAAAGAUCAAUAUGAUGUUGGCAAAUCUAUACAAGAAAGCAGGUCAAGAACGCUCAUCUGUUACGAGCUACAAAGAAGUACUGAGACAGUGCCCUUUAGCACUUGAUGCCAUCCUGGGCUUGCUCUCGCUGUCGGUGAAAGGUGCGGAAGUGGCCUCUAUGACAAUCAACAUAAUUCAGAGUAUUCCUAACUUGGAUUGGCUUUCCGUGUGGAUCAAGGCAUAUGCUUUUGUGCAUACUGGAGAUAACACAAGAGCGAUUAAUACCAUUUGCUCUUUAGAGAAAAAGUCAUUGCUGAGGGAUAAUGUGGACUUACUGGGGAGCUUAGCAGACCUGUAUUUCAGAGCCGGAGAUAAUAAAAACUCUAUUCUAAAAUUCGAACAAGCACAAAUGCUGGAUCCUUACCUAAUAAAAGGAAUGGAUGUAUAUGGUUAUUUAUUGGCACGUGAAGGUCGACUAGAGGACGUGGAGAACUUGGGCUGCCGUCUCUUCAAUAUUUCUGAUCAACAUGCGGAACCCUGGGUGGUAUCUGGGUGUCAUAGUUUCUACAGUAAACGCUACUCUCGUGCCUUAUAUUUAGGAGCCAAAGCCAUCCAGCUUAAUAGUAACAGUGUUCAACUGCUGAAAGGAGCUGCUCUUAGGAAUAUGGGCCGAGUACAGGAAGCAAUUAUACACUUUCGUGAAGCAAUACGUCUUGCACCUUGCAGGCUGGAUUGCUAUGAAGGUCUCAUCGAAUGUUACCUAGCAUCCAACAGCAUCCGUGAAGCUAUGGUUAUGGCAAAUAAUGUGUACAAAACUCUGGGAGCAAACGCACAGACGCUCACUCUGUUAGCUACAGUCUGUCUCGAAGACCCAGUCACGCAGGAAAAAGCAAAAACUUUAUUGGAUAAAGCGCUAACACAAAGACCUGAUUACAUUAAAGCUGUGGUAAAGAAAGCAGAACUUCUUAGUAGAGAACAAAAGUAUGAAGAUGGAAUUGCUUUGCUGAGGAAUGCGCUGGCUAAUCAGAGUGACUGUGUUCUGCACCGAAUACUGGGAGACUUUCUUGUAGCUGUCAAUGAAUAUCAGGAAGCGAUGGACCAGUACAGUAUUGCCUUAAGUUUGGAUCCAAAUGAUCAGAAGUCACUAGAAGGAAUGCAGAAAAUGGAAAAGGAGGAAAGCCCAACAGAUGCAACCCAAGAAGAAGAUGUGGAUGAUAUGGAGGGAAGUGGUGAAGAGGGGGACUUGGAAGGCAGUGACAGUGAAGCAGCUCAGUGGGCAGAUCAAGAACAGUGGUUUGGCAUGCAGUAACGGCCUCUCAUCCUGCUGCUGCUUUGGGCACUUGAACAUACCACUAGGGCCAUUCUUCUUUGAAGAACAUAAGCUAUGAUUUUUGCAGCAAAGGACCUUUUUUUUUUUUUUUUUUAUAAACUCUGAAACCAUUUAAUAGUUCUAUGCAUCUCAAUGCCAUGAAGAUUCUUGAUGCUUUUUAUUUAUUAAAUAUAAGGGACUAACUCUAUUGGAGGUUAUUUGCAACUUUCAUUUCAAAAA